AUGCUUAAGAAAUCAGAAGGAUCGGAAGACCACGCCUCGGUGGGAGCCUUGCACGAGGUCGAUCUGUCCAAGGACGAAGAAAAGACAAAGCUUAUCGAGACGUAUAUGGGGGCUGCUCAGCGUGGCGAUCUUGGCGUUCUGACUGACAUGUUGGAGAAUCACAAGGUGGACGUGAAUGACAUGCUGGACGACAACGUUAGUGCUUUGCAUUGGUGUGCUAUCAACAACAAACUGACUGCUCUCAAGUACCUCGUGUCCAAAGGUGCCAAGGUGAAUCAUAAGGGAGGAGAUCUCGACGCGACGCCGCUCCAAUGGGCUUGCAGAUACGGCCUGGUAUACAUUUCGGAUUAUCUGAUCACGCAAUGCGGGGCAGACUAUUCCAUUCUUGACAACCAGGGCUUUAAUUGCCUGCAUUUGGCUGUGCACUCUUCCAACGUCAUGAUGGUUAUCUACAUUCUGUACUUCACUGAUUUGCAUAUCGACGCGGCUGAUCCAAAGGGCCGCACAGCAUUACAUUGGGCCGCCUAUCAGGGAGAUCCUUUCACCGUGGAGGUUCUGGUCCGCUUGGGAGCCAAUCUGUCUCUCGUGGACGAGACAGGCUUUACCGCCCUCAACUGGGCUCUCGUUCACCCUGUCAAGCAGAUUCUUGUCAAGUUGCUUGAACACGGAAGCGAUCUCAACCACCGGACGAACGACAACAAAUCUUCGUGGGAUAUCGCCGCAGACAUGAACUGUACGAGUAUGCUGAAAACUGCUCUCAAAGAGUGCGACAUCAAUCCAGACGGGACUAAAGUGACCAGACGCAUUUCUCCGAAAGUUGCCGACCGCAUCAUUUUUGUGUUCCCGUACCUCGGGGUUCCUCUGUGUUUGUACUCCAUGACCAGCGGAAUUAUCCUAUUAGACAUUUUCAUAUUGGUGAUUAUAUUGGGGUUGCAAAAUCUCAUUCUCCAGGUGAUUAUCGUGCCUAAUUUCAGCAGAUCGCCCAACGCGCUUCAAAAAUCCUCGCUCUUUGCAGGCGUGUUCUCAGGAAGUGCAUUUUGGUGCGUGUUGACCUGGUUAUUUAUGAUUCUGCCAAAUACUUUUUCCGAUAGACCGCUGCUCAACCUGGUGUUUCUGAUAUCUGCCUUCUGUACAAUGGCAUCUUUUGUCAAGGCGAUGAUUAUUGAUCCAGGCCUCAUCCCCGCUGAACAAGAUAAACAGAAAAUAAAAGCCACCAUCAGAGACCUGAUUGAUCUGCGGAAAUUCGACUCCAGGAACUUCUGUCUCUACACCUCCAUCAGGAAGCCUCUAAGAUCCAAGUUCAACAGGCUCAAAAAUAGAAAUGUGGCUAAAUUCGACCACUACUGUCCCUGGAUCAACAACGAUGUCGGAGUCAGAAACCACAAGUUAUUCUUCGGAUUUUGUGCAGCGCUUGAAAUCUCAAUCAUCGUUUACUAUAAGCUUGCCAGAAAAUACUUUGAUGAACUGGACGUUCCGGACGAUCUGGAACAUUCAUGCUACAUUUUUGACGAGGAUACGUGUGCUGGGUCAUAUGCAUCUCCUUUCGUCUUCAAUCUGACAAUAUGGACCCUAUUCCAGCUUUCGUGGUUGUCCCUACUCCUGAUAGUUCAAGCGUUGCAGAUUUCCAAAGGACUCACCAGCUACGAACUCAGUAACAUGCACACCUCUGCCGGCAACAAUUUCUCUUCAGUGCCCACUGAUGAGACCAACGAUUUGAAUAACGAAGAUGUGGAAUUGCCCGGAUUGCGCAGGUUUGUUUGUCUUCCAAACUUCGUGACCAACUCCAAGUGUGCGAGACUAAUCGGACUGAACCAAUUCUUGAUGGUCAGUGAUGACCUUAUCCAGCACAAAUCUAGUCCUGCCACUUUCGACUACGGAAUCUGGCAGAACUGGUUAGACUUCCUUUUCGUCAAAACAGAAGCCGAACCUUAUAGCUGGCGCAAUUUCUUCAAGCUCCCAAUAAUGGGGGAAGCAAAUUUGGAUGGACGGCUUGUGGACUACUACCAACUAUUUGAGAUUCCCUCGAAACCGUCAACCACCACCGUGUAG